AGAAAGGCUGCAAUGCAUCUUUUUGUACAACUGUGCCUAUGUCUUUUUAAGGAACUCCCAUGGAAAUACUAAAGUACAGUUCUGGCUCACUUCAUGCAGUCAAGGGGGCCUCAUCUUGAAGCCCACGUUCCAAGGGCGCCACCUUCAUGCCACCAGCCUGCUUUCUAAUAAGCUAACAGACAGGAGGAGAUGGGGCCAGAGCUUGUUGCCACAUUCCAAUAAGUUCACUGCUCAAACCUGCACUUCCAGUGAGCUUUUAAACUUUCUAAUCAUUUCUUCCUCUGCUGUACAGUACUGCUGUGCUCUGCUCUAAGUGGAACAAUAUUUUUCUUGUAAAAGUCCCUUUUAAAUUGGUACUUUCUGCAGUCAAUCAAAAAAGGAUUUCUUUUUUAUUAUAAGAAAAAAUUAAGGGAGGUCUGGAUCGAAGGAUUCCAAGGAAAGCAGAAAACUGAUUAAAACAAUCUUCCAAGCAAACAGUAAAUGCCUAGAACAAAAUUAGGAUUAAUAUCUUCUGAACUUUGGCUUCUUCUCUAAGUGAUCUUCAGAAUGUUCUGUUUCAUUACAGACUGAAAGCUCUUGUGAGUUUGAGAUUUUUUUUUUCUAUUUAUUUAUUUAUUUUUCUCUUUGUGGCAGCGGACAGCAAAACCACAGCAGCAGGCUUAACUAAAGAAAAUUCCUAUUUAAAAAUGCUUUGUACAGGACGAAUCUUUCAGCAGUGGAAUUUUGCAGUGUUCUUACUUUGCUGCUCCAUUCCAACAUAUGGGCAAACUCUGGAUGCUGUUAACAUCAGACUGAGAAGAGCUGUGUCAGAACAUCAGCUACUUCAUGACAAAAGUCGUUCUUUCCAAGAGCUGCAGAGGCGGAUUUGGUUGAGGAACCUGUUGGAUGAGGUGCACACCGCUGAAAUCCAGGAUUUACCCAGUCGAACGACCAACCCAAAACCGGCUGGAAGUACCAAAAACUACCCAAUUGGUCUAGUGGUAGAUGAGGAAGGAACGUAUCUGCCUCAAGAAACUAACAUCCCUCAGAUCUACAAGGACCAAACCAUUAAAGUUAAUGGAAAGAAAAAGAAGAAGAGCAGAUCUGGCAAGCGAAGAGAAAGUGAAAAAAAAAAAAGAAGAGCCCGCUCAGUAAAUAUCUGCGAAAAUGGCAGCCAGAUUGAUGGAGAAAGGUUUCCUUAUGCAAGCAUGGAAAAACUCAUAAAUAACAGGAAGCUUUAAAAAAAAAGGCAAG